UUGAGCUGUAUGGUAGCAAUUGAAAAAAGUGCCAUUUGGGGUGAUAAGGUUCUGAGCAGACCACAAUCACAACCUCUAAGCCACUGCACACACUGUACCGUAGUGUGGAUAAAAAUAGUUAAAUUUGGAAGACAACAAAAUCGCAGCAAAGAUCUUUGGAUGAUAAAAUCAUUCAGUGUCAACAGGAAUCGUGACGAGACGAGAUUACCAGAAUGUAUUACUGAAGAAAAGGUUGAAUAUGAAAACAUUAACCUGUAGUGAGAGCGGGAGAUAAAUUAUCGAUUUUUUCUAACAGAAGAAGGCUUUCUUGUGUGCAGUUCCCUAGGAUUCAGGUGAAAGGAAUAUUUUCGAGCCGUGAAAAAGUGCGUCGUUUUUUUGGAAACGAUAAAAAGUGUGAGAAAAUUCUAAAGGUGGUUAGAAUAUGGUUGGUUCCGAAUAUCGUGUUUGAAAACUGAGCCGUUGCAGUUGAAUAUAAUUGAAGUGUGCUAUCGGAUACUAUUUGAAAUUAAGACACAUUAAACCAUCUCUUCAUAGAGCAAUUUCAUGGUAAAUGAGAAAGUCUCCGCGUGAAAUCCAACAAGUGUUAAGUGAAUUAUCUUAAUUGCGAUUAACACUCCCGCAUAGCUCAGCAUUGAAGGACACGAAUCGUAAUAUCAACCAUUGUCCGUUCGAGUGUUGAAACAGCAUCGGAGGAGGUUAAAAGUACAAGAAGGUCACUUAGUCGAAGCUGUCUAAACGCAUCUGCAGAAAAACAGACCGCAGAAAAUUCAAACACAUUUGAGGCAGCACAACAAACUCUACCAGUGAUCGACUGUGUCGCUAGAAGGAAUUCGCAAGGAUAACUUCCAUUGACCAGGUUGUGGGGGUUGGUGUCGCUAUCCGAACAAUACAGCAAAAAAGCAACAGCGUCCAUCAAGCUCGGAUCUGAAAGUUUGGAAUAGCAGCAGCAGCAGCAGCAGCAAAAAGCGCUUUUUGCCAUCGGCGGAAAAAGAGCUUGGCAAACAAAAAAUGCGUCAUUAAUUCAAGAGGUGGAACAGGUUUUAUUGUGGUGAUAUACAACGCGUAAAUCAAAUUACUUCGUACGCUUUUCAUGAUGAAGCAAUAAUUUUCGGAUCGUGCUAUAAUUAUAUCACAACAAAGUGUUUUUGAUGUGCGGCCAUGCGAUAGAGGAAGUGCUCAACGUUGAAAUGGAAAAACAGAGCGUCCGCAAAAUUGGUGCUCUGUGAAGUGAACCUGUAAGAAGUGCUGAAAUACUCUUUACCCGCUAUUUUUAUGAAAACCGGCAGGCUGGGAGAGAGGAAAUUUUGGGGUGAAAUAACACACAGCGAAAGUUAAAUUUUUUGGUACCAUCGAAUUAGAGUACUGGAGGGCAGUGGCAAAUUACGUGUUGCGAUACACGUGGAAGCAGCCUCUGGUGGUUUGCUGAAUUUGAUUUGCUUCGAACGCGUUUCACACAUCAAAUUCUACUGGCGAACGGAUCCCCCCGAAAGUUUUCCAUCAUUCCGCUUUUCCAACUAAAUGUUAUGCCGGCCGCGACCAUGUUUUCCAAAUUCAAAAGCAGCAGUACUAGCGCUCCCCCGCCCAACCCGUACGACAACAACCCAAUCACGCAGUACUUUGAAAUUGGAAAACAGAUCGCCUGUGCCGGCCCGGAACUAGUGUGGAAGAUCCACGAAGGCUACCGAAAAACGGAUGGGAAGGAAUGUUCCAUCUUCGUGUUCGAGAAGCGAACCGCAGAGAAGCUUCAUAAGCCUAGACGAAAGGACUUGGUAACAGAGAUCUUGCGAGCGUCGGUUAAACAACUGGAACGAUUUCGCCAUCCGAAGAUCCUUCAAAUAAUGCACACGGUGGAGGAGAGUUCGGAAACACUUUCGUUUGCCACCGAACCCGUGAUUGCCAGUUUAGCAAACGUCUUAGCAUAUCAGGAAAGUUCAGGAACCGCCCCUGGCCCUCCCAGUACCGGUGCCUCGCAACAGCUACAGAACAGUUCUCCUGCUAAUCGUCCAGCCCAUGCAAAGGAAUACACAUUUCUCGAUAUUGAACUGAAGUAUGGAAUACUACAGAUCACGGAAGCACUGUCCUUUUUACACUACUCCGGGCAGGUGAUACAUCGGAACGUGUGUCCUUCAUCAAUUUUGAUUACGAAGAAAGGAACCUGGAAGCUAGCCGGAUUCGAAUUCACUGAGCGAGUAAAUGAAACUGACGCAACCGACCCGGUUCCCUGUCAGCCCUGGUCCACGAGAUCCUCUAAAAUGGUUCAACCCAACCUUGAUUUCAUGGCUCCUGAAAAUCAAAUCAACUCGAACUGCAGCAUAUUAAGCGAUAUGUUCUCGCUCGGGAUGGUGAUAUGUGCUAUUUAUAAUCAAGGGAGGCCGCUGAUACAAUCGGGAAACUCGCCACCUUCGUAUCUGAAGCAGAUGGAAACGCUUGAUGACGCUGUCCACAAUAUAUUGCCUCGGAUACCUAUUCCACUACAAGAAGCGUGCACGCGACUAUUGAGGAAAUCACCCGGUGCGCGUCCUACAGCUCAGCUGCUAACACUCAUCAAAUACUUCAGCGAUCCAGCAGUGCAGGCGCUGCAAUUUUUAGACGUCAUUAACAUGAAGGAUCCCACACAGAAAGCCCACUUUUACCGAAGCACACUGAGGGAGGUGUUGCCCUUUAUACCACGGAAACUGUGGUGGCAGCAUAUCUGGCCUAAUCUACAGCAGGAAAUGCGUGCCGAUGAGGUGCUAGCUGCGGUAUUACAACCUGCUCUAACCCUGGUCCAAGAAUCCGCAAACACCGAAUACGAAGCAAUCAUUUUACCAACAUUCAAGACUGUUUUUGUAGCUCCUAAAUCUAUUCAAGCAACCGUAGCAUUACUAGAGAACUUACACAUAAUCCUAGAGAAAACACCAAGAGAUGACAUCAGGACGGAAGUGCUUCCGCUGCUGUUCAAUGCUCUCGAGAGUACAACAAUACAGGUGCAGAGUGCCGCACUUGUGGCAGUGACGAACGUGUACGACUAUCUGGAUGACAUCACAAUCAAGAAACUGGUGCUGCCAAAGCUGAAAUCGGUGUUCGAAAAGAACCAAAGUGAUCUCAAAAUCAUGGGCAAUGUUUUGCAGUGUGUGGAGCGGACGCUUGAUAAACUCGACAAGUCACAGAUCAUAGACGAAGUGUUGCCACUGUUGCUCGAGGUGAGAUUAACAGAUCCGGACAUCAUUGUGCGAGUUGUCAAUAUUUACCGGAUUAUGCUGUGUGAUAAAAAGUAUGGGCUCACAGUAAAUAUUAUGGCAACGAAAGUUAUGCCUUCCCUGCUGCCACAAACCGUGAAUCCCUCGCUGAAUCUCGAACAAUUUAUGAUCCUUUUAGAGGUGCUUCAAGAGAUGCUGGACCAAAUAGACAGACAUCAGCGUAAUAAAUUGAAAUUGGACAAUUUGUCCCUCCCCUCGCCCGAUCGCCAUCGUCCUUUGCGUCAUCAGUUCUCCUCCGACAAUAUGAACGUGCAGCAGUUUAACAUCCCGAAUCUGAGAAUUGAUCAGCGGAAAACCUCGAGUGCCGAGGAUAUGGCACGGAAAAAUUCAACAGGUACCCGAAGAGGUAGCUGGUGGUUCGGUGGAUCUCCCUCGUCUCCCGAUAGUAAUUUCCUGCGAGUGGUAAAUGCGUUCCCCAACCGACGACUGUCCGACAAUACGCUCAUGACUCCGAAGAUACGCAUCGCGCCAUCCUGUGCGUCAUCUCCAGGUGGCACUCCUGGAGGUGGUUUGCCAAUAAGACGACAUUCCAGCAUCGGACCACAGGAAAGACGAAGUUCCAACAUCAAUUUGUCACCACCAACCGGUUUCAAGGCCCGCGGCGGCUCCGGUUCGAGCCUUUCAGUGCCUGCCACAACCGCUUCUUACGUAAGCGGCUCAAUGCCAAAUACGUCGAGUAGCGUACCGUUCCUGCUCUCGUCCAGCAUGCAGUCGAUCCGUAGCCGCCGUACCUCGACGGUGCUCUCUUCCGGCCCGCUCGGGUCCGGAUCGGGUCUGCUGCAGCAGCUCGGUUCCGGCAUGCGUCAGUUAUACACAAUGAUGACUAAAGAUAGGUACGGCAGUACGCCGGGAGGAUCAACAACAACUGCAACGACUCCAUCUCCACCACAGACCAUCACACUCAGUACUAAUAACGUGAUAUCUGUCACGACCCCGGCCACAACAUCUACCCAGGGUGUGAUGUCAACGAACAGUAACAGCAACAACAGCAGCAGCUCCAUCAUGCAGUCAUCCCUGAGACUCUCCUCUGUAUCUAUACCAUUGCUGACAGCAGCAACCAGUCCCUCUUCUACCUCUGCAAAAACGCCUACAAUAAAUCCUGCAAAAUCACCAGCCGGUGGUGGCGGAAAACGCUGAAAAUUCAUAAACGUCCAUCUCACCGCGAUUCGGUGGAACCAGGCAUCAUUUUCGAUAGAAUGGAUCUGAUAUCCUGAUCCCUCCGUAGCGGCUAAUCUUUUACGAUGAAACACAAAUUACAAAGAUGAAUUGAUGUUUCCAGUUUGUUUCCACUGACGAGGUACUAAUAUUAGCAGUCAUUUUAUGGUGGAAUAUAACCCCUCUUCCCAUCGUAAACAGCCACACACACACAGAGAGAAAACACAUAAUGAGGAUCAAAAAAGUAACACGAAUGAGAUGAAUUAUAUUUUCAAGCGCAAUUAUAACGAUGUUGAUAAAUGUUCAAAGUUCAGAGAUUUUAAAAAACCAACAGAAUUUUCUGUAUCUAACGAUAGUAGGUGGAAAUAUGGGCAGGCCCCCAUGACACACAACUCCAGAGAAAUAAAUACAAAGCAUUCAAAUCCAAAACGUAGAUCAUCAAUAGUGCAGUGUCGCUCGAAAGAGAAAAAUUAUGAAACAUAUUGAUGUGGAUUUUAUAUGAUACACGUUUCCAGUACUAUUGUGAUCUUGAUGGAUCAUUUCGAAUAAUAUGAUGUUGGUUGGUGAAAAAAAUUCAGGAUCGCGCGGGACGUGACUGGUGUUAGCAUGAACUACAGAAACUCCCUUUGAACUACUUUCUAUACACAUUUUUUUCAUCCAAAAUAGCCGGUAUUAAUUCUCGUACGCUACAUAUUUUGAACUAUACCAGUGUGGAUAUCGUAAUCUAACAAGCUUUUUUAAAACAAAAAUUACUUGUGACUUCCAAAGAUAUGCGUGGCAAAAUUCCGUAUGUUAUAAAACAUGACCUUAACAUCUGUUCGCCGUAUAUUCUUGGCGAACUUGUCAAAAAAGUACCGCGGAAUUAUGAUUUAUUGAGGGCGCCUCAAGAGACUGUCUAAGUUUUUGUUAAUCGUUCAAUUGUCCUCUAUAUUGAUUUCAUUUGCGAUUGAACAAUUGCUCGCAUAUAACAGCAGAGAAACAAAUAUUUUGAUGUGGUUUUUCUCAAAAACAUGGUAUUCGUCGUUAAAAGAUAUAGAGUGUGAUUCUCCCAAUGAGGUGUCUCUAAACCAAUCAACCAUAACCAACGCUUGUAAAAAUGUUAGCUAGAACUUAUGUUUUUCUUAUUGAAACCGUUCUAAAGCAGGUAGCGUAUAAACUCCUGCUCCUGGCCUGGAGUAAACAUGGAAGUUUUGAUCCUAGCUUGGCUGAGUAUCCGGGCCGCAUUCUUCCUGUCAGAGAGACACAAACCGGGUGUCGGUUUUACCCUGACUUAUGGUGUUGAUUUAAUCCCGAAUGGACUUGAAAUAUUAAAACCAAACUGGUCUAAGAUAAAUAAGGCAUACAGAAAUGAUCUAAGAUGAGUUAGGCUAACAGAAAGUAUCGGAUUUCAUUAAAUUUUCCGGAUAAAACAAAUUCCGCUUACGAAAUUCCACACGGACUGUUUCGAGUUUGCUAAUCGAUUUUGCUUUGUUGUUUGUUUUGACAGAAACGCAACUAUGGCGACUCGAAAUGUAAGAAAUAGCAAGUGUAUACAAAGUGAAUCGGAAAAUUUGUAAAAAAAAAUGCUUUCAACUGGAAAAGUCAGAGGGUGUCGGUUUUACCCUGAUUUCCCUUGCUCAUAUCACCUAUCUUGAAAGACAUUUUACACUUACGUUUUACCCCAACACUGCCCACGCCAACAUUUUCUUGAAUUUCUUAUUUCGCUGCAUUUUGUCAACGUUUCGUUAGAAUGUAAUUUCAAAGAGAAUUCUUCCCUAACCUAACAACGUUGGCAGUCAUUUAACGAUUGACAAUAUUUGACUAAUUAGGGUUAUGAGGAAUAUCUCUAACGGGGUGUUCUAGUUCUAGUGAAAAAAAGAGACACGAAUUUCGGACGUUUUUUUUUUGAGCUCCGAAAAAAUAAAACAAAAAAUAUUUCUACUAUCCUUUAUAUCAUUAUUUGUUUAUCCAUCUUUUAACAAUAAAACAAAAAUCAAACGGAAAAAAAUACUCAAAAUAAGUUACAGUUACAAGCUGAUGAAGUAAUGUGGUUCAAAAAAAAAGUCGUGCCAUGGCGUACACGAUUCCAGCUCCUCUGGUUGUCUGAACCAAAAAAAUCGAACUGAUUUUGAGUCAGUAAAGAUGCCGCUAUCGCAUGAACCUUGGACAAGUCAGAAACAUGUUUUUUGACAAAAUGGCGGCCGUUCGAAAAAAAGGUGCCGUUUUAACGUUUUUUCUUACGUUUCUCGAUUUUUUGAAAAUAUUACAAAAUAUAAUAAUACAAAAGUUAUGAUUUUGUAUUAGUUCAUGCGAUAAAGAGAUGCAUGCAGAUUGUAUCCAUAUAAAUUCGACAGAAAUCGGUUCAGUAGAACUUGAGAUAGCUGUGUACGCCAGUUUGAAAAAACUAGUUUCGAGAAAAACGCGUUAUAAGUUAAUUGUUAUGACCGUACUAGAUGAGUUACCGCAUCACUAAAAUGACUAUAACUCAGUAAAUAAUGAGAUUUUCGAAAAUUCCUUUCUAGGGUACAUCCUUGAACGACUAAACUUCAGAAAUAUAACGAAAAAAAAUUUUUUUUUCAAUUUCUAGACAGUAUUCUAGCCUUAAAACUAUUCGUAGAGGUUUUUUUCACUAUUUUUACAGAUAAAUAUUUUUUGUAUUCUACUUUGGAGCAUACUGACCUAAAAUGUGUUUCGAACAGUUUUCGGAAAACCUUUUUUUUAUUCUCAACUAUAUUCUAAUGUUGGACUUUUAAAUCCGAGUGAAAUGAUAGGGGUUGCAAUAAUUACAAAGAAUAAUGGAAUCGAAUACAAACUAAGGAUCGACUUAAAAUGUUCUAUCGAUCACAGUUGGGUGACGCUGGGAGGAUUGACGGUCUUCGGUACAUCGUUCAUCUUUACCCGGUCCAAGAGUUCACUGGCGUAAUGAACCGAGAUCAAGUCCAACCAAACGCUGCAUCCUUCUUCGCGUGAUACUUCUUGAUGAAGAGGGCAGAUUCUGGCGGGCAGGUAAAUUAAUGCCAGGUACUUCUUCCCCGGUUGGCCUGUUGCUCCACCCUCCCGACCCGAGCUGUCUUUCUCAGGUUGUCGAAUAAAGACAAACAUACUUGAAGAAGAUCUGAUUUAUUCAAAUUAAAAAUACAUUGCCAUUGUUGAAAAAAAAAUUGAACAUUUGCAAACAGUCCGUAAUCGUCUGUUCGGUUUCCUUUUGAUCAGGAACGGGAGCGUUGUACGGCAUUCAUGUUUACUUUGCGAAUGCAUCACUCUACCAAUCAACUGUUUGCAAUUCAUGGCUCUCCAGUCAUUUUUCGAGCCAAAGAGCUCAAAAUCCCUAAGAAAUCUUUGAUUGGGCGACACUGAGGCCGAUUUGUCGAGUUUUUGGGUACAAAUGGGAUCGAAUGAACAUUCAGGAGCGAUUGUGUUUUUUGCGUAAUACGAUGAUGCUUUAUCAGGUCAAAACACGUAUUUUUCAUCUGCAUGGUGUUUUUUUUGAAACGGGAUUUUCUUCAAACAUUCGUUUUCGUUCCUUUAUUGUUAACCAGAGGGCUUGAACCAUGGCUUAGAAAUACCGCUCUCAGAAAUGGGAUGUACGUAUGUUCAAACUUUUAUAUUAUGUUCAGAGAAGCAGUAGAACUUGCCAUGGAAUAGUAUCGAUCGUUUCCAGGAAUGUGAGCCUCGGAGAAAAGUGUAAGAAGGUUUUCGGGAAUUGAUUAAGGACACGUGUGGUCUUGUUGAUGGUUAAAUAUAGAACCGCGUAGGUGGCGUCUAAAUUGAAUCCCUAUUGAACUGACAGGAGUCAACAUAGCGAGAUCCCCACUGACAUUUUGCCUUUGUUGUCCCCUGAAAUGAGUUCCCCACUCUCAGUUCUGCUUGAUAUUUUCUUAACGAUCUCAGGAAAUCAUCAAUUUUUGCACCCGGCUGUAUAGAACUGACUUUAUUUAAACCUCACUGACAUUUAUCAGUAGGCACGUGCGUUAUUUGCGUUACGAACGAAGUCCAGCUCCGACUACACUGUAACAAUGUUUUAUAUUGAAGGUGGACAUAACAGUCGUCUCCUUUAUUUUUUUAAUCAACCUAUUCUUACAAUUCAGUAUAAUUCGUAUGAACUAACUAAUGUUUAAAUUUUACAAUUCAAUAUGUCAGACAUUUUGAUCACCACUAAAGGAUUUCUGACAGUUUCUUUUUGUAUAAUAAUGAUAAUUUCAUUCCUCGAAUUGUCACUUUGUCCGUUUCGAACGCCGCAAACUUCCCGGCAAUUCCGCCGUAGAAGCGUUCCUCUUUCUCGAGCCUCUGACCUUUGACAGAUCAUUCCGUGAGAUUUAACUCAGGAUGUCCUCCUCUGAGCCGUCUUCAGCUACACGUUCUUCAACGUUCUUGUCCAAAACAUCGGCAUUCUUGUUCUGUGCACCCGAUUGCAUUACGCUUUUUGGUCUAGUCUCCGGGUACUUGCUGUGGUACAUUCUAAGUUGACUUCGGAGGGCCAUUACCUCCACAUUUCCGAGAAGUACCGAUACAGCCGUAUGACCCUUGCCAACGAAGUUAUUAAAUUUACCGUCGAAAUUAUUCUCCGAAGCCAUCCGAUUUUUCGGAUAAAUUUCGGAAAUAAUGAUUCACCAUUUUUUUCAGAAACAAUCGAACACCAUUUUUUUCAGAAACAAUCGAACAAAACCUCGAUACAGAUUCUUCCUAGCAGAAACAAAGUAUCUUAAUAAGAUGGCGGAUGGCGUUGUAUUUCAGGUUUUCUUUCACUUUUGUUUUCACUGUUUUUCAAAACUUUUUUCCUCGUCGUCACUGUAAAAAGGUUUUCGAGAGUUGAUCAAGAACACGUGUGUUCUUGUUGAUGGUUCAGUAUAGUUCUUUGUUUUGUAGAGGAUUCAAACUAUUCUGUUCAUUCGCCUCUAUUGUUGAUGGUUGAAUAUAGAACUGACUUUAUAGUAAAACCUCACUGACAUUUAUCAGUUGGUGCAGGCGUUACCUGCGCUACGAACGGAGUCCAGUUCCGACUGUGCUGUAACAAUGUUUUAUAUUGAAGAUAGACAUAACAAGAGGGAAGUAAGAUUCGUCGUCCAGAACAAAACAUUUUGCGGAAUAAUUCUUUGUCAACUAGGGGCAUUGGGAUUUCAACAUCGAAAUUUGUUUCGUUGGCUCAAAAAAUUCCAAAAUUUUAGAUACCACCCGUUAAAAUUCGUAAUUGCCUCUUUGGCUGCCAGCUCAGCUUAAGGACUGAUGUCCUGUCUGGAGCCACCAAAUGUGGCUGCCAAGUCGUGCUGAUAAUGCGGUUGGAAGGUUUAAUCGCUCUUUUUACAUCAAUUCAUCCUAAUGAACUCCUUAUGAGGUCUUAUCUCAUCCCAGAUGUGCGUAACAUUGGGAGUCGGAGAAAAUCAUGAUUUAUUUUUAGCCUAACUCAGACGAAGGGAAGAUUAUUUACACGCACGCAGGCAUUAUAUCGCUUUUCCUCUCCGUUUAUUGAUUUAUUAUACCCUAAGCGAGCUCUUCGAGAUUCUCGCGAACUUCAUAUAUUGUUUUACUGUUUUUAGAUAGCUCUCUGGGAUUUCUCUCGUCCUUCAGUAUUCACAAAGAGAUAGCGCCCAUUGCAUAUGGUGCGAAUGAGCUGUUCCUUUCUAUCUUCUUUGUUUAUUUCCCUACAUAUUUAUGAUAGAGCGCGGUCUAACCACACGCUCUAUCGCUAUGCAAUGAAUCACGAUUGCAAAUUGUGAUCCUUGCGGCGACAACCUUGUUUCAUACUCCUUCCAACGCUACCCGCAGUUUAAACACAUCUCAUUCACGAAACCUAGCUCUCUCUUUACUAUUAAUUUUAAAAAGAUCAAGAACUUCUCAUACCUAGUAGGCUAUAGUAGACUAGAGCUAGAAUAAUAACCUGUAAUAUCCAGAAGGCAUCCCGUAACUCACAGACCAUCAUGAACUAGUAGAGCGAUCCUUCCAUCGGGACUACCGAAGAGAAUUUCACCGCGGUAACUUCCGACAUCCUUGUGACCUAUCCGGCCUAUAUUUUUAUAUACCUUUUAUAACGAGAACAGUUGAAAAGAUCACCGGAAAGAAAAUUCAUAAAAAUCCUCCUAGGCUAGACUUGAGGUCUAAAAACCUGGAGGAACACGAUCCCUUUUUUAUGGAUUAGUUUUGAGCGUUUGUCGUUGAUUGCAGGAUUAGAGAACUUAGUCAUUGGUCUUGUUUUGAUAAACAAGCUGACUAGGGCAGGAUCUGAGCUUAGUUUUGCUUAAUGUUCCAUCACGGAAACGAUGUACCAAUGUGACAGACUUCCAAUCAAGGCGACAGACCUGUAACCAAAUCAGAUUUCGGUCUACUGCCGUAAAUUCCUUAUUGAGACUGCGACGCCAAGAACUACUAAGUCUAGCAGAGGUAGAGGCGACGUUCUUAAGGAUUCAUAUCUAACGCUUGCUUCAGAUUUCAGAUCCACCCUUGCGUAGCACACGAUUUUAGGGGGGGUAGAAUGAACCGAAAAAAUACGAAGAUAUAGAAUAAAAAUGUUUGUUUAUUUUGUUUUAUUUUUAAAUUUGUUUUCAAGCGAAAGCUUCACUCGACGCCACUGCUUAGAAACGAAGAUAUUUCUUAUAGUAGACUAUACAUACAUAUAUCAUUUCAUCCGAGCUCUUUCUUAUCUCUGAAAACUUAAAUAAAAGUUAAGUAGUUCUAACGUUGUAAAAGAUAGUGUUUCGGUUCACACGUAUUACGUUAGUAAGGUUUACAUUGAAUAUUUUUCGAAUACCUAAUUUACACUUCGAAUUAUCAGCGCUGCAUUAGACCACAACGGGACCAUUUUCGUAAAAUAUGUCAAUUUCCGCUUACAUCCAUAAUUCAGAAAACAUUCGAAGCUUGAUGAUCACAAAAUAUAAUAAUAAUAAAACUGGCAAAGCUUGUACUCUGCUUAUACACUAUCUAUGAUCUCUGGUUCUUCCUUCUAUCUGCUUUUUGAACACACACAUAUGCUUGCCUGGCCUAAAUUUAUUGAUUCAUAUAGUUUCACUCAAAUUCACAAUGGUAGAAAAAUGCAAUACAAUAAGUCUGCGAAAUAGUUGGUAAUUUUCAAGAAAAGCAAAUUGAAAGUAAACUUAAAAGUAUUAAGACAGACGACACAUCCUUAUUAAUCACAUGUCAAUUGAAGUGCUAUGAUGUAAAACUAUGUGGUAGGUAAAUUAUUUUUUCCCAAUGCGACAAUCCGUCGAACAGAUAUAAAUAUAUCAACGCACGUACUUUACAACUGAGCAAACAUUUCAUUAUCCAGCCAAUCCCGUAAAAUAUAAAGCAAAUAAAUAUAAAGCUUAAUAUUAUACAUGAAAAUUUGUCAUACAACUUGGACCAAUGGAAAUCGUGUAAUAUGGACGGAUUAUCAAAACAAACACCCCAGUUCAGAGUGGUGACUGAAACAAACAUGAAAGCACUGGUAGCAAUUUUCGCAUUUUAAAAAAAAAAUCGAAAGUAUUCAUAUAUGAUAAUAACCAUAUAACGUAAAUGUACAUAUCAGUAAAUGUAAUUGUAAGAAGGUUUAGUUUUUAAGUUGAAACAAAAUCAAUAAACAGCGUAGUUUAUUCUAAUUUUCUUAUUGCGAAAACCGAUAUGACAUAUGGCAGAUAAAGACGAGGAACAAAAACUACACAUUGUGAAAUUCGGCACAGUUAUCAUAGGGAAUGUUUGACACUUAUUAGUAGCACGUAGACAGCACCCGAUUGGAUAGUGAUAUAAGAGAUAAGUUGGCAUCAAGAUACGAGAGCUUAAAAUUUGCGCAAGCCACUAACGAAAUGUGGCAGCCACAUCCCAUAUGACAAUCACCACUUUGGGCUGUCAAAGUUUCAUAUAAAUCGAGACACUCCCAUUGAUCGUAUCAUAAAUCACAUGCACAUGCUCAAAGUUAAUAUAUUAACAAUUUUGGAUUCGAAAACAGCAACGCUCCACCGUGUGUCAACAACAAAAAAAACUUAGAGAUAGAAUAUGACAACAAAAAAAUACCGAAUGAUAAAAAAAUGUAACGGAAAAAGAUUUUUUAUAAUUACGAUUUUAUAUUUUUAGAGAAAUUCUCAUAUUCAAAACGAAACAUUUCGGUGAUUAGUAAUGAAAUAAUGAAUAUCGGGCAUACUCAAGCGAAGAUGACUUUAAAUGAUGCACACCAGCCACGAUUUUCAAACAAUGAUUGUGUAGAGAACUUUCGAUCCGAUAGAAAAACCCAGCCUUUUGCGCUGACUGUAAUGUAUGGUACGCAUGUUACAAUCAAAUCAUACAUUUUUUUGUAUAUUCGGAUAAACCGAAUUCAAGAAAAAAAAUAAAAUUGAACCUAAUCAAAAUAAAUAUUUAAUCGUUACUAUUUCAACAGUCAUCCAUAUACUGUCAUACCGUAUGUUAACAUUAGAUAGGAAUUGAAACAAGCAGACAAUCUCAAGUUUUAUAUAUCACAUCAAAUGUAAAAUGGAACAAUCAUCCUACAAUAACUACUAAAACGUAAAUCUCAUUCUCUUCGUUGUAUAUCGUUUAAUACUGGGAAUGAUAACUAUUGAUAAGAAUUGUACAUCAAAGCAAAUAUCUUUCCAAUUUUUUAUUACUCUAUAAUGUAGAUAGAACAGUAUUCAUUUCAAAACUGUGAUAUAAAAUUGGUUCAUCGCUAAACUGUUCCUAUAAAUGAAAGAUUUUAAUGGCGAUACGUUAUCAGAAUGAACUAUCUAGAAUUCGCAACUGAGAGAUAGUACCUUUCUUAUUCACCAGGCUACGAUACAGUUGAAGAUUGUUGUUAUCGAAGUUCAUGAAUUAAUAUUUUUUGCUUGUUGUUUAAGUUAAGUUGUAAGUUUAUUCUAAAUUGAUUCAAUGGAUUGGUAAUUCCGCUCAAAAUUUAGUCACCAUCAUUUCAUUAAAAAAAAACAGGAAGUGGGUUAUAUCUAUGGUAUAACCGCAAGGGUGACGUAGGACUAUCGUUGAUUUAGAGAUCAUUUGUAUGAAGUUGAAUCUGAAUUCAUUCUGAAUGAAUGAAUAUUUGGAGAACUUCGAAAACGAGAGCGUUACGUUGGAGGCACAAGGUUUUAUGCAUCCAAUAUUGGAAACGGAAAUAUCCUACUGAUGGGGAAGAAUAAUCUUCAGAAGCUAUCCUGUUGAUUGCGAUUGAUUGAAAAAUCACAAAACCUAAUGUAUUUGGUCACAGUGUUACAUGGAUAGAAAACAUUAAAAUAAACUCUUUCAUAUGAAUGUAAAUUUAAAUUCCCAGAGGAACUGGCAGAUUAUUUUCAGUAACGAUUAGAUAUUUCCACAUUUUCCUCGAUACUGGAAGCCCACCAGUGGUUAAUGCUAACUCGAUAACCAUCUGUUAAUAGCACUUGAUUGACACAUAUUUGGUCACAGUGUUACAUGGAUAGAAAACAUUUAAAUAAACUCUUUCACAUGAAUGUAUUUCUAAAUUCCUAGAGGAACGGCAGAUUAUUUUCCGGAUCUUUCUCGAUCCAAACGGAAAGAGUUCCGUGCGUGUAUGUGUGUGUGUGUGUGUAGCGGCUGCUUCGAGAUCUUCCCGGGGAACCGUUUGUAGCAUCACUCUCCUCCUGAUGGAUUCCCUUCUGGCCUAAGGUGCACAAACAGGCUCUUGGUGACACCGUUCAUCCGCGCUUUCAUGAUAAAUGAAGAGCUUCACCACAACAGCGACAACAUGCUCCAAUCGCUGUUCAAUUAGAACUGAGUGGAUUUCCGAGCGGCGCUCGCUUAUAUACCGAUUGGUGAUUUCAAUAGCCUAUUUUGAAAGCAAAUUUAAGACUAUUGAAACAAGUUUUUGGAUCAGAAAGUAACAAGUAUAGAACGCGUAGACAUUUUAUCUUUCGAAUGAAGUGUUUAUCAUACCAUUUCGUUCAGUUGUUUAGGAGCUAUUAACACUCAAAAUCUCGGUCUUCGGCGUAACGCUUUCGUUUUCGAAACUUUGAUUUUACACCCCGGUAUAGAAAUGAAAGACGUAGUCCUACGUCAAAAAGUAAUAUUAGCAGCAAACAUUACUUUGUUUUCGCGCGCCAUUAUUGAUACCUUGUGUCUAUGAGUGCUUAUAGUGACUUGCACCUUCUUGCAACAUGUUUCCACUUCGUUUCCACUGUGUUCGUCAAGGAUCUUAAGUAGAACACCAACAAUGACAUAAAAAAUAAAACAAAUAGUUAGGAGAAAGUGUGAAAACAGUCCUUCUAUGAAAAGCUCCAUUAUAAAAAUUCCUAAUCCUUAUUAUCCUAAUAAUCCUCCUCCUCUAUCGUCUAUCUUAAACCAAUUUAAAGCGAACGAAGUUUCUUGAAUAACCACCACCCAACGUACAACCUACUAGACACUAAACGAUUGUUUAACGUCGUCGUCAUCGCCCUAAUUGCCAAUUGCAGACAAAGCCAGAUGAGAGGUGUGCGUUAUGUAAGGAUCAGGAAACAGACGAAUGGUUUGUGGUAACGGAUGCAGUAAAUGGUUCCAUUUCGUGUGGGUUGAUGUAACUGAGGAAAUCAAAGAGGUGGAUUGGAGUUAUUCAGUGUGCAGGGCAGAUCCCAGGAUCGAAACACCUGAACAAUAAAGCCAGCGCUACACGAUGCUACGAACACCCUCGAAUGCUGGACGCUCGAUGAUUCGACGCAUCGUGUAGUCGACUGACGAGCUAUGAACCUCCAAUGUCGAGUGUCGAAUAUUCGCGUUGGAAGGUAAUCCGUUCGUUGUGGAUUACCUUCCAACGCGAGUGGCACGAGUCAAAGGAUUUUUGUCAUUCGUUGAUUCGACACUCGAUGAUAUUCGAUACACCGCUACAUGAUUCGUCCGAAUCUAUCUUUGACAGAUUGAUUUGUUUACAAAUUUUAGAUGCAGGAACUUUGAAGUUGAUUCAUAAAAUUCAAAAUAUUCGGCAAUAUAUUGCAGUUUAAUAAUGUUGAUUUCAACCAUUUUUAAUUUACAGCCCGAUAUCAUUACAAUUGCUACGGCAGCAAUUUCAAUACUCACAUUGUCAUCCAGUUUCCUAACGUUUUUGAUGGUAAACAAAAACAAUAAACAUUCGAUCCAAAUACUCGCCGAUUGUUUGGACCGAUUGCAUUGAAUCGAACAUUCACUUCACCGUGUAGCAGCACAUUCGUCACAACAUUUGUCGAUUCACAUUCGAGUGAAACGUAGGACGAAUCGUGUACCGCCCGCAUAAGUAAAGGCAUAGGACUGCGAUAGUCCAAACUUCACAGCGAGGGGCCUGUUGAUCAAGUAGAAACUCAGCUAUCAAGUGAAAUUCGAACAAGCACUUAAUCGCUUCAUCUUAGCUAAUAGCGGUUGAUGAUCCACACGGUCGAAUGCAGCCUUGAGGUCAGUGUAAACUGUGUCAAUUUGUGCACUAUUCUCAAUAGCUCUAACGCAAUAUGAUAAAAAAUCUACGAGAUUUGUGUUGAUCGACCUUUCUUUGAAGAAUCCAUGUUGAUCUGGCAAGAAAUAGGAUUUGACAGCAUUGGAGAUCGUGCCACCAACCAAGAUGGUGGAGUUAACAGGUGGCUCGUAAUUUACACUUUUAAGAAAAGACGUAUGAGGAACGGCAAGACGAAAAGUUUGGAUUUGUUUAUGUUAUUACUUACGUUGGUAUGAUUACAUUUGAUUUCGCCGAAGGUAUUUGAAGCAGUAUAAGUAUAAUAAACAGUUGUCGUUGAAAAUAGUAACCUAGGAACCUUUAUGCAUAUGCUUCCGCCAGCUGGCUCGACUAAUGUGAUAUGAUUUAUUCAGGGAAUGCUUUGAUCGUGGUACCACCACUGGCGCAUAAUUUGCAGCUUUGUUUUUUGUGCUGGUUCAAACGGCAAUCAUCCGUGCCGGCGAAAUGUAGUCAAUGUUUAGUGUUGUUUGGAUACCAUCUAUGUAAAUAAGUUCAAACUUACGGGAUACGUCAGAACGGCAAUUCUGACAUUACGUUUUACCUUCCACUUCACUUUCCUUGCCACCAACGAGAAUUUCGAAUAACUUGGACCCAGCGAUGCCAGACAGCAUCAUCGAAACAGCUAUAAAAACCACUUAAUAAAAUGUUAUUCCUGCGUCAUAAAAUCAAUAUAAGGAAAUUGUGUUGAUAUCAAUACAAUUAUUGUUUUUACGUUUAAUGGGUCUAUAAUGUAAGUUUUAGCAACUUUAACAUUGGUUAAGACAAUUGUAUUGCACAGCUCGGAACACUGCCAUGGCUGCCUCUUCUUUUAAAAAAUAAUAAACGGAUAAGUAUUACAUUCAAUCAAAAUGCCUCGGCCGACGAAGAGAAGGGUUUAAGCUGUCCAACGUGGAUAUGUAAGAAAAUACGAUCAACGAAGGAAAAUAUUAAGGAAUUAUCAACAACGAGUUACUGUGAGGAAGAACUAGUUAAUAUCAAAAGAGCCCCAAUUUACAUGUGUUAUAAAUUUGCUCAUGUUACGCUCGUGUAUUGGGCACCUUACACGAUCAAAAUUAUUGACAAUAAGGGUCUUCAAUAUCGUGACAGCUAGUCUUUCGACAUCCGAUCUAACCUCAAUCAAUAUUUUGCCACCUUACACGGUCAAUAUCGCCCUCAACCCGAGACAACGAAAGUAUCCACGAUGGCUAGUGGCGACAUUCGAUUUUGAGAUCCAAACUAUUCUCCAUCAGAUUAGAAGGCUAAAAGGCAAUUUUCAAUUCGUAAAAUUUGAAUGGAAAUAUCUACUUGGUAUUAUUUAAUUACUUGAAGCGCGUAGUCCUAACCCUAACUUAACCUAUUUCCUCUGAAUUUUCAGAUAUUCCUACUAAAAUUGAUUAUUAUAAUAUAAUGUCAAUUUCAGAUACAAUAUUUGUAUGGGAUUUUCUCACCUCUUGCAAAAAAAAGUGAUGUUUAACACAUGAUGUUUUUCCACCUGUGAUUUUCCCAGAUCUUCUCAUUCUCCAAAUUUUUUAGCGGAGUGUUAAGAAACACUCAGCCCCGCUCGCUAGCGCAAAGAAUGACCGAGUUCAACGUUAAAAAAAUUUAAGACGUUGUGAAUUUUCAUCCACCCUCUCCAACAAUUUCAGAAGUUUACAAAUUUUAAUUGCAAUCGCAAAAAAGACUCACAAAAAUUAAAAUUAAAUGCUUGCAAAUCUGGCAACUCAGUCUGGAAGUCCGUGAAGUAAAACGUCAACAUCAUGCAUCCUUAUAAAAUGUCACGAUAUUGAUGCUCGAAAAUCAGAAAAUCCGGAUUUCUGCGUCGUCGGCCAUGUUCAGCUGUCAUUAUGCUCUCAAAUGUCAUCAUAUUGUCAAUAAAGUUGAAUAUACCUUCUAUAUAUAUUUAUAUUUGCAAUUGUUCAUCAACACAUCGUUCAUACAUUUUACUUCAGUAUUGAAUUGUCAUUUUUUUUCAAAUGUAUUCUAAGACUCGUGUUAGUGAAGCGCCACACAGUCUGAUAACUGAAUUGAUCUAUAUACGUACAAAAAUCAAAACAAACUGUGUGAUUCGACCGAAGGUCAAGCUGAAGAUCUCCCAAACAGAUCAAGUCUCACGACAAUAAAUUGCCGAGCAUCUAUUGUUUCCUCCUCUUUUACUCGAUCGCUCUAGGAGCAACAAGUACCUCUGUGUGCGAAAAUGUGCUUAAUGCCCACGUGGUUAGAUCGAACAUACAGUUUUGUGAAGGAAGCAGAAGUCGACCGUAAUGUCGACCGUAGUGGGCAGAAAAGUCUGAAGAGAAAAACGUGCGAUAAAUGCGGUCGCGAUCACGAUCAUGGGAAGUGUCCAGCAAGGAGAUGAAGUGCAAUGGAUGUGGCAAACAAGAUCACGCGGCGAACAUAUGUUACUCGAAGAGUUCUAAAGGCUGAUUUAGACGAUGCCAGUUAGCGCUCUAGUUGAAGUAUCCAGUGAAUAGAGAACAGACACUCUGUUCAAGUUAGAGGCCAAUUACUUGUUCGAUACUGGUACAAGUAACUUGGUCAGAGUGUCUGUUCUCUGUUCACUGGAUACCUCAACUAGAGCGCUGACUGGCAUCGUCUAAAUCAGCCUUAAGUUAUAUCGAGACUCCAGUCAAGAGUCCAGAAAAACUCAAACCGUUGGAGUAGUUGAUGCCGGAGAUGAGUUGGCGACCAAUGUACUGGAAAAAAGGUAAUGAAGAUGGUAGAGUUUCGAGCGACAUAGCAUGCGCUGCCAUAACUAUUUCUCAAAUGGUGACGUCAGACGCGGUGUUUAUCUUUGAUUGCCCCCGCAUCCAUGUGAAAAUGCUAUUUUCAGGGCGUAAUUUAUCAAUUAAAAACGUACAUUUUUUUAGAGUUCUCGCUGAAUAUGAGGCUAUUGUGAUAACGUGCUGUGAAUAUUUGUGAAAUGACGUCGAAAAAGGCGGAUAAAAGUGAUAUUUCCAUGAGCCAUUUUCGCUCCCCCACGUUUAUACAAACAAACGAAGCUUCUUUAUUUUAACGUUAUGAAGUUAAUGUUUCGAAGGUUCUCAGUGUCGGUGUGUAUGAUGUGGGAGAAUGAUCGCCACUUAAUCAAAAUUUCAUCGAAAAUGUUACUGCUUUCGAGAAAUAAGAAAACGACUGCUCUCUGGACCUUUUUACCACAUAAAUAAUCGAAAUAAGCCACGAUACCAUUGUCAUCUGUUAAAAACAAACAGUUGAAUGAUUUCAUGUGAAUUUUGGCUCAAAUUAUCAUGCAACCGUGAGUACUUUCAACAUUGUUUUGUUUUUUCCUUAUGAAUUCCACAUUGAGUGCAAAUAAUGACGACACGAUAUUUUGCUUGACAAUACAGAUAUACUUCGCCUACUGCUCCACCUCUAUAUGUAUCUCAUUGGUUGGCGAGGAAGAUUUCUAGUUUACGCAUGCAGCUGAAUGCAGUUAACGAUAGAAUAGCGGCCAGGUUGGAGUGAAGCAUGGUGAUAACUGAAACACUGUUCGUUGAAGACCAUCCAGUAGUAUUUGAAGUUGAUAGUGAAGCUGGUGCUUGAAAGUUGUGGAUUACUCCAUAACCGCCCAGCUUAGCUAAUCUCUUCAAUUUAAUAACUGAGCUCACCUCUUCAAUUUAAUAACUCCCAAAGUUCACCUCUUCAAUAUCUCAGGGUCGGCUUCCGAACUACGGGGGACUCCCUGUACCGCGGACGACACUACCACAACCGAUAGAGAAGUUCAAUAGGGCUGGUUCGAAAUGGAAAAAUAUGUGAAAACUAAAAAAUCAUUUACAAUUUUUUUUUUAUUCAAUAAUUUCUUCGUUGCGGCGCCGUUCGUCGACCGUUGGGAUCCUUUGAUGAACACGUGGUUGAUGGUUGAUGAAACGGAGAGGGAGGAGAGACAUUCGGCACGUACCUUAAUCGUGGGUUGCGCUGUGGUUCUACAGGCGGAUUUGACAGUGAAUUUCGGUUCUGUUGUAGAAAUCGCUGGAUUAACUGCAGCGUUUAACCUGCGCACGGGCGGCUGGAGGUUCGGAAUUAGGGGGCACGCUAGGAAACAGCGUGGCGUGAACGGGAACCUCCCUGUUUUCCUUUGUCACACGCCCAGGAGCAUAACACUCACUUUAAACAAUAACUUUUUACAGCGUUAACUUCACUAUCUGCGUUUUGAUGUUCGUCGUUUCCAGACUCCAGCUAAAGUGCUCGAGGGCUUUUGCAUUUCCUUCCACGAAACCUUGAUCCUUCUUCCUUUUUUCGUCUACUCUCUGCUUUCAAUCCUUCCUCUCUCCAUUAUUCCUCUAUCCAAUUCCUUCCUCUCUCUCUCCUACUUCCGGAACACCAUCAGCUUGCCCGCCGAUGUUACUCAAGGGAGCUUUCGAUCGUGGCAAAUUACAAAGUUGGGUUAGUACAAUAUACACUUAAAACUAAUGUUAGUUAUUACAAUCAACAAUUCAUACAACAAUUUUACAUUUGACGACAAUCUUAUGAAUGAACCUGCCAACAAUAAACAAAACAAUUAAUUCACUCAAAGACUAUUUUUGUACAAUUACUACAUAUAAUUAAACAAAAAACCCUUCCUGUUGUGUCAUUGGUCGGUAACAUGCUAAAGUGAUUAGUGAUAACCUAUAUCGGAAGCAAUAUUCUCAUUUACCGAUGUUUAAAAUAGAAAAUGAUUGUUCGACUGUAACGGGUCAAGGAAUAAAAUUUAUCGGUGGAAUCAGCGCACAAGUGUCCAAGGAUAGGGGUGGCACAAGUAAGAAAUUGUGCUUGUGGUGAUCGAAAGUGAAAAAUCUUUCAGACCACUUCUAGGUCGUACGUGGAUGUACGUACCAGGGCCCGAAAUCUUCGAAGGUGAAAAAUGAGGACCGACUCUACUCCCAAUAGCUUCGCUUCGACUAGAACAGCUGCGGCAGUCGCCGCCAACAAAAAAUUACUUGACUAGAAAAUGAAUUGACUAGCGCUGACUAGCGAGGAUGACUGGUGAACUAGUCCAGUUAGUGGUUAUUUUAACUGACUCGACUAAUGAAUACAAAUCUGCAUCUUCAUUCAACUGACUUCAAUCCACAUUUCCAUUUCCUCCUGAUACUAAUUUUGUACCCGCAUACGCACGUCCAUAUAAAGAGGAACGAAAACUUGAUUCCUGAUGCAAAAAAGUAGUUACCCCAUCAAUGGACGGUUUUUUUUCUACCCCUCGUGAACUCAAACCAACGAACUUAGACAUUUAUCAAGUAUGUUAUAAAGGUCCUCGCAUUAGUAUUAGUUAGUAUUAGGCGUGCAAAAUAGCGCACACACUGCACGCUAUUUUAUACGAGUGAGUAGUUUUCGUGUACGCUACAAAAAAAUGUAGCUCACCUGUAGCGUUUGUCAAAUCACGGUGAACUCAAACAUCGAUGCAUGCAAACGUGUAUGGGAGAGAGAGAGGAACGAAUUCGUGCUAGGGGAAGUCACUUCAAAAUGCAACGAGGACAAUUUGACUGGGAAGAAUGGAAUGAUAUAGCCGUGUCGGUAGAGGGAGAUAGCGACUAAACGCCCGACUGACUGUUUAGUCGUUUUGGCGGAGAAACUGCGUGAAGAGCCAAAAGUCAUUUACCGACUGACUAUGGAUAUAGUCAGUCGGUUGGUCAGCCAACUAUCCUCAGUUGUCUCUGACUGUGUCGCGCCCUGGUACGUACUAUGGCCAUGCUGGAGAGAAGCGUUUCGGGAUAAAACCGUGAGCAUGAAUUCUCUUGAAAAUUCAAUACGUAAAAUGUAUCCCCAUGUUGUAUCGUCAGACAAUAUUCUCAUCCGCGAUUUUGAAGCCGAAAUAAUGAUUGAAAACAAUGUGAGUGCAGCUCCUUUUCAACAGCGUCCAGCGAUAGAAGCUGAGCAGAAAGGUCUUUGUGACGAGCAAAUUUUAAAGAGUGGCCCACAGUAAAUGGGCAUCUCCUAUUGUUGUUGUUCCCAAGGUCAACGGGAAGCUGCGUCUGUGUAUUGAUUGCAAAGUGACUAUCAAUUCACAUUUACGCUCUGAACACUAUCCGUUACCGAGGAUAGAUGACAUUUUUACUCGGUUUGCGAAUUGUCAAGUUUUUUGGUGCGUAUCGACAGCUUAGUGUUUCAGAGAACUCUCAGCUGUUUUUUAACUAUAAAAACUCAUGUAGGUUUGUUUCAAUAUAUGCGUUUGCCGUUUGGUGUGGCAACAGCACCUUCGAUUUUUCAGAUCAUAAUUGAUCAAAUUUUGAGGAACAUUGAAGGAUGUUCAUACUAUUUGGACGAUGUCAUAAUAGGUGCUUCCACGAACGAUAAGUGUAGAGAAAUUGUAAAUGUGGUUCUCACUCGAUUGAACCAUUAUAUAGUAAAGAUCACCAUCGAAAAAAGUAAGUUUUUUGCAGAAUCAGUGGAUUAUUUAGGUCACACGAUCGAUUUCAAAAGAUGAGAUGAGAGAUGAGAGUAAAGUUCCAUAAGUACAUUUAUGGGCAUAAGUUCAAGCUCGUAUCGGAUUGCGAAGCAUUGAAGGAGAUUUAUUACGCGCGAAAAGGCACGUCGAUAGUAGCUACAUCUAGGUUACAACGAUGGGCAGUCAUUUUAUCAAUGUACAAUUAAGAGUUCGAAUACAGGCCAAGUCGGAAAUUGGCUAACGCAGAUGCCUUAUCCAGAUUAUCAAUUCCUGAGGGUAGUGAGAUUGAGGAAUUGUCAAUAAAUAGGUUCGAAGAUUAUGCCGAUUUUCGUUGAAAACGCGAUACGUGGCGGAUUUCACACAAAAAGAUGAAGUUUUGUCACAAGUUUACCGUUUCGUAACGCCGUCUCGGCCUCGGAAAAUUUCAGAAGAGCUUACAUACUAUCUUUGAAAUGUGCUGUAUUCCCAGGAUGCUUGUUUAUUUUACGGUGAUAGAUUAGUGAUACCAAAAUUAUUGCAGAGUAUUGAAAAUGUUACAGAUUUAAUAUUUAAAAUUUAAAAUCGCCAAUCAUAUGGUUCAAUUAUCGUGUAACUUUUAAAGGUGACCUGUCUGCUUUGGUCUGUUCUCUUUAUUGACUUUCUCUUCUGAUAACCACGGCCUCGCAGGCAGAUUUUGUGCCAUUUUAGUUAGCUUAAUAAACGAGAUUCCGUUCUACACUCGCAAUAGCCGAACCCAUCAGAAAGAGCUUUUACUGCUGAGUUAUCAACAAAAGAGAAUGUAGAUGAGGACAGUCAAUCAAUACGGAUAGGUUUUUUCCGGGAUUUACGCGAGAAUUCAUACAUAUUGAAUCGCUGAUUGUUUUUCCCAACCCGUAAUCGUGAAUCGUUAAAAGUGAGUCAUAAAUCAUAGAUCGCGAAACGUAAAGGGUUUACGCCGAUCAUCAACAGUGUAUUUGAGUAGGUAGUAGAUCGAAUAAAGCUAAUGCGUAUUUCAAAGUUCUUAAAAUCAUAAACUAUUAAAUUCCUUAAAUAUUUCAGUUUACCUAAUUCUUAAUUUUUUUUACUAUGCAAAUGAAGUUCGUCAAAGAGUACGUACGAUGAAUUACGGUAUAUAGUUCCAAUCUAAUCUGUUUUACUGAAAUUCUCUUUGUUACCUUCUUAGGUUUCCCAAAGAUAAAUCUACGCCGUCGCGAUUGCAAUUUUAUAAAGAAUACGUGUAAUGGAUUACGAUAUCUAUAUUUCUGCUCUUAUUAGUGUUAUAGGAAUUCUCUCGGUUAGCUUCUCAGGUUUCCCAAUGAUAGUUAUAAUAUUUAGCCAAUCCAACGAAUAUUACAGGUUUUCCUUGUCAGCCAAAACCAAAAGACCAAAAGAUAUUGUCUGCCGCAUGUUGGAAGGAAUUUUUAGGAAUAACUAAUAACUAUCCCCUCCAUGGUAAACGCUAAGAAACCACGCUAUAAAGGCGACCCUUCUGGCCUUCGGGCGGCGAAUAUCAUACUAACAUUCCUUCCCUUCCCCUGGCGACUGUAAGGACGUGGCCGGCGUCGUUAUUGACCAUUUAAAGCUCGAAUCACCGAAGAUUGCACAACGAGAAUGAUUUGCUAGUCCCAAGCGUCAUUCUGUGUGUUCUUUGUGCAAUUUGGUUGGUUCAGGUCAAUCACGGAGAGCAACUACGAAUUGUACAGUCUACCCAAGCUCAAGCUCAAGAAUAGUAUUGAAAAUGUUACAUGUGAAUCUUGACGGGAUCGUGCGCGGUAAAAUGUUAGGCCGUGGCUUGUUCUGGUGGAAGAACAUGCAGAAGGAUAUCGAGGAAUUUUUCAUAGAUUGCGAAGUAUGUGAUAAUAGACGAAACGUUCCUGUAGAGAGAGUAUCGUCCAAAUGGCCUAGUACCACAUAUCCCAUGGAAAAAAUUCACAUUGAUUUCUUUGCAUUUGAAGGCAGAACAUUCUUGAUCAUCGUUGAUACAUUCACGAAAUUUAUUGAUGCUAAAUUAAUGAAUAGAACCAAUGCUGAUCAAGUGAAUGAAAAAUUAGAGGAUCUUUUUAAGUAUUUUGGAUUACCAGUUGAAAUUGUUUGAAACGUUCAAUUCGUUUGAAUUCGUUAAUUACUGAGAAUCGCGGAAUGUCAGAGUAACUAAAUCGCCUGUGUACCAUCCUCAGUCGAAUGGUGCAGCUGACCAUGAAAAACAUUUUGAAAAAACGUCUAUUGGAGCAACAAUUGAAUCGGGUAACGUUGUUACGAAAGUUGAAUGAAAUUCUUGCGUGAUAUAAUAGUUCACCGUCUACUGUGACAUCCUUGAAAGAGUGAACUGAUUUUUCGUUUCAGGCCUCUUACAAUAUCAAUCGAGAUCAACCCGAAAGUUCAUUCAGGUAAUGUGUUGAAUAAUAACACAGUCGAACAACCAUUGAAAGUUUCUAAAAAUGUUCAUUUCGAUGAUUCCAAAAAUAAAGAAUUUAUAUACGAUGUAGGUUUUCACGAAGACCUAAGAUGGAUCAAAUAGUAACGAGGAAUAUAAAAAAGGGGAAAGAGUCCUGUAUAGGAAUGUUGCAUGUGAAUCGAACUUAAGACGUCCUAGAUCAUUUAAGCCUAGAAAUAUAACUAAAAUUCCAGUGAGAAUGCCUCAAACUGUAGUAUUCGAGCGCAAUAGAUGCGAAUCAGAUUCUAGUUCUUCUAUGAAAAAAACGCUAACCUGAAGAAAAGAAGAAGUAGUUCUUUGAAUGAAACAAUUGUGCUCAGACAUUCAGGUAGAUAGAAGGCAAAUAGGUUUAAAUUUUAAUAUUAUAAGAAGUAGGACGAAUUCAAAAAAGGGGGAAUUGUAAUAAAUCUAGAUCAAGUAUCGAAAGUCUACCAGUAUUUUGACGAUACCACCAAACAGAUCUCACGACAAUAGAUAGCCCAUCUAUUGUUUCCUCCUCUUUUACUCGAUCGUUCUAGAAGCAACAAGUACCUCUGGGGUAGGCAAUAAAACACAAGCUAUUAAGAAUACGUCGCAUUUCCAAUUACGUUAUCCGAACAUAACAGGCAUGUUUCGACUCAUAUACUAAAAUAAAUUUCGAAAUUACAAAAUUUGCGAGAUUCAACCUCUAAUUUUCCAAUACUAUUUCAAUUAGAAUAAAUUCUAGAACUGAUACAUUGAAAAUUUAAAUUUACUUUAAAACAAAGUUGGACAGCUUCAACGAUUUAUUAAGAUGUUCUACGAUUCAAAUAACAAACAAUCUUCCCUGUAUCGUCGAAAUAACGGUGAUUCAUUGAAUAAUACCAAAGACACAAUUGUUCUAAAUAAACCUACAAAUAUCAACCGAUAGAGACCCAAACCAAAGAUGAAAUACAUAACAAGGUUAUUUAUCGAAACAGAGUUUAUUUUUGCUAAGUACAUUGUGUUACAAAUCGAUGCUUUUGUCCGUAGUUGUAGAGAAAACCAAAGAUGAAAAAGACAUGAUGCGAACAUAUUAUACUGCAUCAAAUCAAUCAACUGAAAUAAAUGAUCAUUCUUGUUUUUCACGUGGGCCGAAUUGUGUUAAUUUCCGACAAGAGAUGCCAUUCGCAAUUUUUCGUGAAAUAUAAAAAGGAACAAAUAUAAAUGUGUUGAAACAAGGGAAACGAUUACAUUAUACUAGAAGCACCUUUUCCGGCAGAACGUCGGUUUAACUAACAAAAUUUCUAUACAUUCUCUACAUUUCGAUCGGCUUAUCAUUAUAAUAAUUCGAUGUACACAGAUAAUAUGAUAAGUACUUCAACGUUGACAAGAAGAGCUAAUCGUAAAAUGAAAGGAUUAUACGUUCGUAUGUCAAAAAUAAAGCAGAUUGCAAAUCAAGCAAAA